AUGGACGGCGACGCCAACGGCGUCGUCACGUCCGCCGGCGACGGCGGGCGCAGCCUCAGCGUCGAGGAUUCCGAGCCCGUCAACUUCGCGGAGCCGGAGGACGAGGGGCGGCAGCAGGAGGAGCUGCUGGUGCGCGCGCUCUGGAGCCGCGCCGGCAAUGCCUCCUCCUCGCAGGCCGUCACUGCGGACGACCCGCGCGGCUUCCAGGACGGCCUCGCCGACAUGCUCGGCAAGAUGAUCCCGCAGACGUGCUGGUACCGCAACACCAAGUUCGACUGCGGCCUGAGCAUCUCGUGCGUGUUGGCGGGCGGCAAGCCCCUAGACCUGUGCAGCGGGGGCCUCAUCUGGAGCUGCUGCGUCUCGCACGACAAAAUCACCCCCAAGCCCGACCACAGCGCAGCCGUGCUGCACAACGUCAGUUGUGGAGAGCUGUACACACGGAGCAACAGGAUUGUCGGUGGACACAACACGAACUUUGGAAGCCAUCCCUGGCAGGUUGCGCUGAUUAAGACUGGAUUCCUGUCGAAGAAGUUAUCUUGCGGAGGAGCACUGCUGAACAGCCGCUGGGUCGUCACCGCCGCGCACUGCGUCGCUACGACAACUAACAGCAACCUGAGAGUGCGUCUGGGCGAAUGGGACGUUCGGGACCAGUCCGAGAGGCUGCAUCACGAGGAAUACGGCGUCGAGAGGAAGGAGGUGCACCCGCAAUAUAGCUCGUCUGACUUCCGGAACGACCUGGCUCUGGUGAAGCUGGACAAGCCAGUGGUGUUCAAGCAGCACAUAAUCCCCGUGUGCCUGCCCGAAGAGAACGUCAAGCUGGUGGGCAAGACCGCCACCGUCGCCGGCUGGGGCCGCACCAGGCACGGCGUGGCGACCGUGCCGACGGUGCUGCAGGAGGUGGACGUGGAGGUGAUCGCCAACGACCGCUGCCAGCGCUGGUUCCGCGCCGCCGGUCGCCGCGAGACCAUUCACGACGUCUUCCUCUGCGCCGGCUUCAAAGAAGGCGGCCGCGACAGCUGCCAGGGCGAUUCUGGUGGACCGCUGACGACGACAAUGAAUGGACGUAAGGUUCUGAUCGGUCUCGUCUCGUGGGGUAUUGGCUGCGGCCGAGAACACCUACCAGGAGUCUACACCAACAUACAGAAGUUCGUGCCUUGGAUAGACAAAGUCAUCCAUUAGCUCCUGCUCGCGUGCAGACACCGAUAUUGUACCAAGGAAAUACGUUCCACAGACUACUCAAGAGGUAACAUAGUUCCUUUGAGGUCUUCCGCGUGUGGAAGUUCGUUAACGCUGUAAUCAUCUUGUUUUACAGAACUGUGUGAAUAUGUCUCGUUUUGUUUACUGCCUGUAUGGAAAACCCAAGUGAGACAAUCGUUUAACUUAUAGCGGUACGUUUUCUAUGUGAGCGAUAACAGGCAACAGACAUUUGAAAUAGGACAUGCGUCUUUCAUUCGCCGAUGUGGAACACAGGGUCAUGUAAAAUAAUAAUUAUUAUACCCAACGAGAGCAGGCAGUGCGGUGAAGCAAGCUCUCUGUAAUACCAAACUGAAGGUACACUGUCUUUCAUGCAAAACCAUAGGUUCGUUUUAUUGAUAAGAUAAACAAAUGUGUGAAGUACAAGUAUAAGCUUCGAAUUUCUCUUUCAUGAAACAUGUGCAAUGUAUUUAUUUACUUCACAAGAAUACCGUUAGCCGCAGCGUAACAUUUGUACACUGACGCUGUUCAGCAACGUAAUUAUGUUUUGUGUAUGUAUGUUUCUAGAGCGAACCGCCAACUAUUAAACGACCUUUACUUAUCAGUCCUGGCAUCCAGAAGUAGUGUAUUAAGAAUGUGAGAUUAAGUGUUUCUCUUUUAUGUUGUAGUACAUUGUAUAAAACCAUGUGAGCGAUGAACUGUAGGACGAAAGUUCAGCUUCUAAUGAGAGAUGUGAACUCUCGCAUUUGUAAUGGAAGCUAUCAUUAUUUUUAACAGCAUCUAUACUAUGCCAGUGAUAUUUUGUACAAUAAAUUAUUAAUUUUGUAGCUGA